AUGUCAGAAUUGUAUUUAUAUUUUUUAAUGCUCCUCAUUUUUGUCUCUACAGCAUCCUACUUUGGGGACAGUUUCUGCAAGAUAACGUCGAUCCAAGAUGUCUCCUCCUUUCACCUGUCGCUGCAGUUCAAGACCAGCCGACGAAGUGGACUCCUCCUCCUGGCUGCAGGGAUGCAGGACUACCUAUUUCUGGAACUCCAAAACGGGAAAUUACAGGUUAGUAUCAACACCUGUCUGUCGGAAAAGAUUCUAAUUGCUAUGUACUAUCAGACCGGCUUAACUCAAGGCAACCUAGCAAGCUGUCACAAAGUGUAUUUUACACAAGCUUUAUGAUGUUAGACCACCCAGAAAUGUGCAAGGCAUGGUUAUUGGGGUGGAUGACAGAUUGUGAAUCCUAGAUGGCAUACAUGUUUUGUCAGGGUUGGAAUUGGAAAAAGUCACUCUGGGGACUGACCAUGUCAAAUCCUAGAAAUAUUCAUUAAACACAGCUUUACAAAAAUGCUUUCACUUUGGGAACUCUGUUCCCACACAUUCCCCUGCCCCCCAAUUCCACCACUGGUUCUAUCCUGUCUCCACUAAAAGUAUUAGAAAAAGGACACCUGAAAGAACUGUCUUAAAACGUCCUAUAAAUGUCCUAUAUUGUAAUUGGAAGAGUGACAACAGCAUCUGUACUGUCACUUUCCUCUUUCCAAACCAAAAACUGACAUUGACUUCUACCUAAUACAUUUAAAGAUUAUAACAGAAGUGAAAGCAGGCUGGUGGUGUGUGCUCAUUAAAGAAGCAUGUCUGUGACAGUUUCAAUUAGAUGGUACUCUGAAAUCAUUCUACAUUGCUUUACUGGCUGUCACUUUAAAAUGGGAUUCCUGACAUUUUAAUUCCAUAAUGAAUUGCUUGGCAGAGUCUGUGAGGAACUGAAUUAGCAUCAGAUGUGCUGUCAUAAACAUUCCCUAAAUUGUGUAGAAUAAACAAAAAAGGUUUACUGUUUUUAGAGGUCUGGUGCAUUUGCUAUUAAUAACAUUUGAAGAUGAUGGAAGCACAAGAAAGCUCUGCUCACAAAAUUCUUAAAAUGUUUGUAAGGACGAGAUAGGUGAACGAGUCUAGGCUAGAUUGAUGCCUCUUUGAUAUCACCUGUCAAAUCCUUUUAGAUAAUCAUUCAUGGAAAGAAAGGCUAUGAGGAAGGAAUCCUUUCAAGAAUAUAAUGACAGUCAAAAGAAUAUACAAUUAUUGCACUUCAUAAAAUAGCAAUGAUACUUCUCUUCUCUCUUUUUUCAUCUAGGUGCGAAUGGACCUUGGGGCCGGUGAGAUGGUGCUGUCAUCAUCUCUGGGGCUGCAACUGAACAACAUCGUGGAGCACAAGGUGUCCAUCACGAUGCAGGAGGCCAAACUGACCAUGCUGAUCGAUGACCUCUUCUCCACUUUCAUCUCUGUCCCUCAAACCCAGGAGGACCUCAACAUUGACAUGGGGGUUUACCUGGGGGGCACCGGAGACUUAGACGCCCCAUAUCUCAGCAAUACCAUACCUCCAUUCCGCGGCUGCAUGACCAAUGUCAAGUUGGAGUCCCAUCAGUUUGAUAUUCUCGACUCCGAGCCCAUCGACUGCCAUGACACAAAGGAGUCCUGUAGCAGUGAGUUUGAGGCUGGUGAUGGAGAGGCGACCAGCUUCAUCAGCCCAGACUCAUUUGUGUCCUUCCCUACUUGGAGCGGGGCUAGUGGUAGUGAAAGGACCUUGGAGUUUCUCAUGAAGACCACCAUCGAGGAUGCCCUACUCACCUUCCACCCUGGACGAGAGUCAGACUUUAUCGCUGUUGGCGUUGUGGGCGGUUACCUAAAAGGUGUGGUGGACCUUGGGAGUGGGAUGGUGGUACUGGACAACCCCAGAGUACAGCUAGAUGAUGAUCAGUGGCAUAGGAUCAGAGUCACUGUAGAUGCGACUGUGUUUGAGAUUAACGUGGACAGCCAGCCUGCCUCUCUCCCUCUAAGGGGCUCAGAGCGAUUGGAUCUAGUUGGCAAUCUGUAUAUGGGGGGGAUCCAGGGCAAGAUGAAGGAUGUGUUUCGUGAUAGUAGCUUGUCUCAUAUGGAGGAGGAAUUAACAUCUGAGUCUUUUAUCGGAUGCAUGGGAGAAAUCAAAGUGAACCAGAAGGACAGAAGCCUGCAGGACGCUUUGGUCACCAAAGACGUCCAUGUGAAGUGCGAGGGAGAGGACUAUGACUACUCAAGUUACUAUGAUUUUGAGGCAACCACAACUACGGCUCCUGUUCGGAUCCGAUAUGUUGACGCUGACCCUAAUGAAAGACAUUGCUACCCAACUGACGACACACCAGAGGCCUUCCGGAACAUUACAAAGCUUCUUGAAGUCAAACCUUUGCUUGUGCCCGAAGGUGGGGAAGCUUUUCUCGAUAUUUACAACCUUAGCCCUACAUUUGACCUAAACACUGUGGGAAUCCGCCAAUCCCAGAUCAUCUUCACUCUACAAAGUGAUCCUUGGUACGGACUCCUAGAUAUGAACAUCAAAACCAGACGUACCAAAAAGUUUACACUCCUGGAUGUGGUCAACAAGAAGAUCAAGUAUCUCCAUGACGGCAAUGAAAAGUAUGGCGAUCAGAUCCAGUUGGAGGUGGUUACCCAUAGUAACAGUUACCUUCCAGAAUGUCUAAAAAAUCCCCGCCAGUACCUCCUCCCAGUGGAGAUCAUACCUGUCAAUGACACACCACAACUAAGCGGAGGAGACAUUUCCAUCACAGAAAGCGGUCGCACUCGCUUGAAUCCCAACCUUAUCAAGAUUGUGGAUUCGGACACUCGCUGUGACGAAUUGAUUGUCACUGUGACCUCAGAACCUCCCAGAGGGGUUGGCUACUUAGAAAAUGACCAGCAACCAGGGAGAAGUAUCAAAGAGUUCACAUGCAGGCAGUUGAAAGACGGCAAUAUAUAUUUUGUCCACAGAACUGGGAGUGGUGGGAUAACUCUACAGGUAUCUGACGGACAAUCCAUAAGUCAUUCGACCACUUUUAAACUGUCCAUUACACAGCCCCAAAUGAGCCUUGUGACCAAUACUGGCCUUAUGUUGUCUCAGGGAAGCAACUCUUCCAUUGGGAUCCAGAACCUGGCUGUCAUUGCCACCCCUCGUAAUGGAGAUAUUGUGUAUAACGUCACACAGGCUCUGAGAUAUGGCGAACUGCAUGUUCUCACUAGCAAUGGUUUGCCCAAACAGGUGACAUCUUUUCAUCAGUCAGAUUUGGAGCAAGAACGCUUGAGAUAUGUUAGCACAGACUCAAGUGACCUGGAGGACGUUGUGUCAGAUCAUUUUCAAUUUGAUGUCCAUCUUGGACAGUUUUCCCUGUGGAACAACACUUUUUUGAUCAAGAUCACACCCUCCCAGAUUAAAAUGGCCCAAGUAGUUCCCCUUGAGAUUGAGAGUGAGGUAGAGCAAAAGGCAAUAAAACACACUGAACUUCAGGCAGAAGUGAAGGGAAAGAGUGUAGCCCCAGAAACUAUAAGAUACAUCCUUCUGAAGGCCCCCACACUGGGUACUCUUCAAAUGAUCGGCAGGAAGCUAGUUGAGGGAGACAGUUUCACCCAACAGGACCUCUGGAAUGCCCAGGUCAGCUAUAGAGUCCGGGUGCAAAGGGCUGUGGCUAGCGAGGACCAGUUCCAGUUCAGAGUCUUUGCAGAGAAUCAGUACUCCCCUAUGUACACCUACCCAAUCAAGAUCCAGGCUGAUUCAGACGCCCCUGUUUUGACCAAUGAGAGACUCAUUGUCUUGGAGGGCGGGGAGAAUAUUCUGAAAAAAGACUAUCUAUGGGUUCAGACAUCCGUCUCGACAAACUUUGUUUACAGGGUGACGCAAGACCCAAAGUAUGGCCGUCUCAUCAGGGAGUCCCCACCUGGACAGCCCAGGUUCGACGGGGCCAUUAGAAUGUUCAGCAAUGAGGACCUGAAUCUAGAUAGGCUGAUCUACCAACAUGAUGGCUCAGAGUCUAGCGAUGAUGAGUUCUCUUUCCUGGUAUUUGAGCAAGCAGCAGGAAGUGAAAACAUCCGAAUCGAUGGUCAAGAAUCUAUGAGUGGCAUGUUUAGAAUAUCUAUUCAGUCCAAGAACGACCACGUGCCUCUGAGAGUGGUUGAUAAAACCUUCAACGUGGUCCGAAACGGACAACGUUUGCUGACCACAGAAGACAUCCUCUUCAGAGACGAUGACUCAGGGUUCAAUGAUACCCAGUUGGUCUUUGUUCGCACAGGCAUUCUCUCAGGAAACAUUGUCUCCACCUCAGACCCCUCGCAGCCCCUCUUUCGUUUCACUCAAGCAGACGUGAGAGACCAGAAUGUUCUCUUUGUGCACCAUGGGGCAGACCGCGAGCGCUUCCAGCUCCAGGUUUCUGAUGGCCUGCACAAGACCACAGCCCUGCUGCAGAUCCAGGCUGGUGAGGCCUACCUCCGGGUGGUGAACAACACCAUGGUUGUCAUGGACCAUGGAAGCACAAAGACGCUCAACACCAGUCUGUUGAGUGCCGAGUCCAACAUGGACAUAAGAGAUGCCAGUGACAUUAGGUUCCAAGUGACAUCGCCCCCUAGUGAUGGGAAGAUCAUUGUGAGUGGGAUUGAGGCCUCUCGGUUCACCCAGGAGGAUCUGAAAAAGGGUGUGGUGUCCUACGAGCAUAACGACCAGAGUCUGAGCUCCAAGGACUCGUUUGGCUUCACUGUGGAAGCAAAAGGAUUUUCUGAGGAGGGCACAUUCAGGAUAAAGAUCUUCAAGCAAGGCUAUCUGUCCGAGCCUGAGGUCAUCACCAAUGAGGUCAUCAUCUCCUAUGAGGGAGAGCACACCGUGAUCAACCAGGAUCAUCUUAAGGUAUGUUUACAUUAUAUUCCCUUCUAUGUUUACCAAUUGUUGACUUCCACCUUUGACUACUGGUUGUUCUUGAAUCUAUUACAAUACCGCCAACUAAGUGACUUAGUAGACUGUAAUUGUGCUUAUGAAGCAGUCAUUAGAGUUGCAAGUACCCAAGCAUGCACCCUCAACAGUAUGUACACUUUAGGGAUCUGGAUAAAAUAUCUAAUAACGAUUUUUUUUUGGGGGGGGGGGGAGAUAUUGCAAUUGCGAUUAUGAAUUGCGGUUUUCGAAACACUUGGGUGAAAACUUGGUAAUUCCAUCAGACUUAGUUAAAACAAGUGUCAGGUAGAGAACAUCACUAAUAAAAUGAGAUCAUAUGAAUGACUACAUACUGUGCUAACUGAAUACAAAACCAAAUGAAACAAAUAUGAUAGAUAGUACUAUUACACCUACAUUUAACAAAAAAAAUUACCAUGAUCAUCAAAAUAUAUUGUGCAUUUAUUAAUGUAUUAAUUAAUAACAUUAUGAGUUCCUAUUUUAUCAUUAUGAGUUCCUAAAUAACCUAAGUUAAUUAUUUAUUCAGGCAGCCAUAGGCUGCAGAUGGAUUAGGAAGCUUAUGAUUGUGCAAUUAUGUAUAAGUAGGCUCAAUAAUUAUUAUAAUUGAAAUUGUAAUUCAAAGUGCCUUAAAAACAUGUAACGUGUAGCCUACAGAUUGCAGGGUACAGCCUGUGUCCAAAACAUUGGAGUUUGGUCCAGUUAUUCAACCUGACAUGUUUCAACUUCUCGCUUAAUUUUGUUAUACAAUGUAGAGAUUACGAGUUGGGAGAAAUAUGUGCGAGAUGGAAUCUUGUAUCUCCUGUCCAGCUUGUUUAUCAUCUUCUUGACUUGUUUAUAAUCUUCUUGAAGCGGUCUUUGCUGCCUGUGUAAAUAGAAACCAUGUCUUUGGCUAUGUGAUAGCUUCCGUGAUUUCUGUGUCUGCGCGGGAUGUUUUUUCGUAGGGCGUUACAUUUGAAAACCCAUCCGAAAUCAAUGCCUGUUUAACGUAGGUGGCUGGUUGUGGCCGAGUUGCUUUGCAGCUGUCGGGCGCUUUUUUUGUACCAUACAAUCGUUGUAAAGUAGGGUAUGGUUAUUCUUCAAAUGAUUGAAUAAAUGUGUUGUGUUGCGUCUUGUUGCCAUAACUCUGAGGCAACUUUUGCACAACACUUGCAUUUGGUUGACAUCGGUUUGCCUGCCGCGCAUGUAGAGAGUGAAUGAACGGAGUCUAGUGCAUCUCAUUGGAAGAGGUACCUUAGGCUAGUUUUUGUUGUAUUAACGGAGUGUCAAAGAAAGGAGAACAUCGUAGCCUCUUGCGAUAUGGCUAUUGCACAUGUCAACAUCGCAAUUUCGAUCUGAAUUCGAUUAAUAGUGCAGCCCUAGUACACUUGUACAUUGUGUUUUUUGAUUCAUCCUGUUCAUUGGAGAAUUCUUCUUCGUUCAGUGUUUAGAAGUUCACUUUUUGUUUAUGUUUCUGUGGAGCAGACUCUCAGUUUGACGACAUACAGUAAUCACACUAACAUGGUGUAGAAGUGAUGUGCAAUUAGGCACACAUGAAAGCAGGAAUAAGUAUCACCGUUCAACGUCUCUGUUUUAAUCUCGUUUAUGUACUUAAUUAUAGUAUAUUUAGUGUGGAAAACACUCACUAAGUACACCCUAAGGAUAUAUCUGGAAUUGUGUCCUCUCGAAGAUGAACACGAGUGCACUUCAUCUUGAGAGCCUAAUGAUGAAGUUACAUUUUUUCCAAUGCAUAUUGCAUUCCUGUUUUCACCUUGAAUUGUGAAGUAAUAAGAAACAUAUUGAGAACAGUGCUUGCUAUUUAAAGUUCAAUUUCUCAGCCGGCCUUGUUCUGUUCUUUUCUCAGUAUUGACUUAAGAAGGACAAAGAUGUACAGACAAUGAAUGCAUUAUUGAGAAAUGUCAAACAAAGCUCAGGAUGGCCUUUAAAUGUGGUCCUAUUGACCAUGGCUUUUUUGGAGCUUACUUGAAGUGCAUUCUCACUUUUAGAUGGAGAACCAUCUCUGACUGUUGACAAGAUGUAGUGGGUGCAUGACUGCUUAACAUUACAACGAUUAGCGGCUCCAGUCAAAACCACCCUCUGAAUGGCACACAUUUACAAUCCAUGUCUCAAUUGUCUCAAGGCUUAAAAAUCAUUAUUUAACCUGUCUCCUCCCCUUCAUCUACACUGAUUUGAAGUGGAUUUAACAAGUGACAUCAAUAAGGGAUCAUCGCUUUCACUUAGAUUCACCUGGUCAGUCUAUGUCAUGGAAAGAGCAGGCGUUCCUCAUGUUUUGUACACUCAGUUUACUGUUCUACAUUUUUACUUCAGUCUCUUAGCAAUUACUGUGUAAUACCAAAAGUCCUACUGUGUGCUCUCUGCAAACCAAACAUUUAUACUGAUACAAAUAUGAGGUGCCAUUGCCAUACGUUUGAUUAACAUUUAGAUUUAGUGAAGGCAAAAAAGUAGUGUAAAAUAAUAUGAUCUUUUAGAUUUCAAUACCAAGCUUUCCCAAGUGACCAAAAAAAAGUUUUUUUUUAAAGACUGAAUAGCUAUGAGUCAUAGCAAGUGCCCCUUGCCUAAUUCACAUAGGAAAAAUGUGUAUUUGUGACUAAUGUUGUGAUUAUAGAUGGUAGAACAAUCAACUAUUCCAGAAAGGAUUUAUCCCUGAGGCAAAGCAUCUUCCUUUAGCCCAGGGUUUCCCAAACUCAGUCCUCGGGACCCCAAGGGGUGCACAUUUAGUUUUUUGCCCUAGGACUACACAGCUGAUUCAAAUAAUCAACUAAUCAUCAAGCUUUGAAACACUGCUUUUGCCUAUUUUGAAAGGUGCUUGUUUUCAGAAGCGCUUCAAUCAGGCUACAAAAGUGCCAGGCCCUGAAUCUUCUUAAAUCUACCAAGUUUGAGGGCUUUAGAUGAAAAACUAUUGUGCAACGAAUGUAAUUCAUAUGCAAUGAAUCAAAGACAGUGGAGACUGUCUGUUUAUUCCAUUACCAGAAUUUAUAGGUUGGAAAAACCUUUAGUAUACUGUUAUUGUAAAUAUAGGCCUACUUCUGUCAUACAACAUAAGGGGAGACAUAGUAAAUCCUACGAUACAUUGAUGUGCUCAUCUUAGUAGCAAUAGGUUUUUACAGUGGUGGUGGAAUACAUUGACUGAAUGUAUAUGGAAUGUACUGACUGAAUUAACUGGUCCAACUUUACAUAAGUGUCCCUAAAAUAUGUAUUUAAAUGGUAAGUUGUAAGUACUAUGUAACAAUGUGUAGGCUACUUACAUCGUAGUCACACACUGCACCUGUCCAUGUAAAUACAUAGCUAUUACAUAGGUAUUACACAACCAUGUAAGUAUGACCAUUUAAUUACUCAAGAAUUAAAAGUGAAUCUGAACCUGGUCUCCCAACUUUCUCCUCCCAGGUGGAACAACCAGACAUCCUGCCCUCUGAGAUGGUGUUCACCAUCAAGGAGCCUCCUCGUCUGGGCCACGUGGUCAUGCUUACCAACCACUCGGACAGUACGGCUGCGCCCAUCCUCGACUACAUCCACUCCUUCACCCAGGAGGAUGUCAACAGGGGCCGCAUCCUCUAUGUCUCUGCCUCCAUCCAGGGCAGUGACGGCUUCGCGGCCGACGUCAGCAACGGGUUCACCACCGUGGAGGACCUCCGGAUGACGGUGGACAUCGUGCCUCGCCUCAUCCCCAUCCAGGCCCUCAACUUCAGUGUGAGGGAGGGCGGUGGGAUGGCCCUUACCACAGAGCUCCUGAAUAUCUCUCACCCUUUCUACAGUGCGGUCAACGUAGACUUCAUCGUAGAGGAGCCACCGCAGCAUGGGGAUAUCCGCUACUUGGAUGGGGACGAACAAGCGCUCACCUUCUUUACCUGGGAGGAGGUGAGUGCUUUUCAUAGGUUUCGUUUUGGAGGGAGGUGGGGGGGUUGGUUGUUUGAUGGAUUGAUUCAUUACUAAAUCAUUAGAUAAUUUAAAAGUACACAUAUAUCCAUAUCAACUGUUAAGAGGUGGACUCUGGUAUGUGUCACCCCCUGUGAUAAAGACAGUAUAUUUAUUCAAAUUCAAAUGAUCAAGGAUUUUAAAAACAUAACAUUCCUAUGUAGAUGCCAGGAAUUGAGCUACUCCCCCUUCUUUCUGAAAAGAAGGAACCAUGAGAAAAUACAACAACAAAAGGGAUUUGUUAGUUUCAUUGAAAAUGGAGCUUGACUUAUCCAUUUUGGCUUGUUUGGAGACAAACCGAGUCCCACCAGACCACAAGCCAUAUAAUUUAUCUGCACCAUAGCUUUUACUGUGUCUUAAUUACAAGACGCUCAGAAUAAUAUCCACCUUUCCUGACUUUGAUCUUGCUGGUUGUUCGCGAAGACAACCAAGGCCACGCUAAGUUCACAUUGCUGUUGUUUGCUUAGUAAUUCUUUCCACAGCAGCUACUCACUAUUCUGUGCGAUGCUUCUCUGCUGUUUUAUGAUUCUGUCCGUAGUAUUAGAUCGAGAGAAACUACAGUAUGUGACACUGAGUUGUCUAGUCUCCAACCAGGUGGUCUGGAGGCCUAGCUAGCACUUGGAAAGAAUGAAAAGGAGACAUGAGUGGUUGCUUGUGGUGGAAAAGCCUCAUGCAAUUUUGUAUGUACUAGGGAGCCUAGUGGAGCUUGUUAGUCACUCCACUUAUGGCUUGCCUGCUACGUGUAUAGCUCAGCUCAUAUCCUCACUCAUACACUACUCCUCCUGCUGAAAGGGUUGUGGAAAAACUGACGGUGACGUUCGGAAGCCCAAAGCCAAAAUAAACUGGCCCGCAUAUUCCUAUAAUAAGGCAUGUGCACACAGCCCUCCCGCGCUUUGCUCCCAGACAGACUUUCUCAAAGACCCCACUAUGUGUUUCAAUUCAACUGGGACAAGCGCAUAGCCAUUAUUCAGCUUAAUCUGAUUUUGGUUUUAGGGGAGAAAAUGUGGGGGGAAAACUUACACAUAAUCGUCUGCCAUCCUGGACACGUUUUCUCUCUGGGUCAGUGUAUUUUUUGAACGCACUCUCUCUGUACAUCCUCAGUCUGGUUUUUUUUCCUGUUAUGCAAGGAUGACAAAAUAAGUUUAGAGGACAAAACACAACACUUCUCCAAAUGAGUACAACAUUGAGAAGUAAAUCUGCAGACUGACUCGGUUGAGGCGGGAUUAGAACCAGAGCGUAAUUGUUCGUAAAUUAAAGACGGAUGUGCUCGGACAUGAUUUUGAAUUUCUUGACUCACUCAUGUGGGAGCAGUGGUUCUUUUCAUGCUCAUCGAUGCUUGAGCACCACUGGACGGGCCCACUGCUCCGCCAAACUCAUAUUGGCUUAAUUGCUGCGAAAAUACAUUUUCGUGAUAAACUCUCCGUCACGCAGGGGACGUUUGUGAGGUUAUGUCAGAGUACUGUAGCUUACUGCAUGUAGGAGAUGCAGUGUAGAAAAGGAGAAUGAGGGAGCUUUACUCCUGUAGCUAAAUUGGUUGGCACUUCUCAUUAUAGACUGGUAGUCAUCAUAAGCAGGAAUUAAAGAGGUCACAAGAAUGUCAAUAGCUACUUGCAUGUACUGUACAUGUAACAUAGGAACAGAACAUACAGUAAAUAGUACUGUAACAUUGGAACAUAGUACAUUACAUGAUGAAAGGUGUGUGAGAAAAGUCCGAAUUUAAACCGUUUUCUAGAAGAGCCACUAUUUACUUUUGUUGUGGUGUUUAGAGAUUUGAAUACAAACUGACUUGGAAGUAGAACAUUCUAGACUACCAAAGGUACGAUAAACAAGCUCAACCAGGUGCAGAGAGAGGAGUUUAAUCUGGAAUGGUGUUGCUUCUAGAAACAUGGAGCCUCCAUCUGAUCCAAACCACUUGUUAAAAGCACAUCCACGCAAGCAUGCACAAACAUACCACUCCAUCACGCACGCAUGCAUGCACACACACACAACAGCCGAGCAUUGACCUGUCUGAUGCUGUACAAGCACUAUCCUGGAUUAGCAAAGCUCUCUCACAUACUGUGGUAAAGCUGAAUGACUGUCCCCAAUAAAAAAUAUCAGAACACCACAUUGUAUCUCACCAUGGAACAAUGUGAAGGCCACAUGUCGAACAAGAACCAUUAAUUGUUUAUUGUCCUUGAGCAGAGGCUGAUUUUCCCACUCACUUUCUCCGAUCAGUAAUGAAACCGAGUGUUUUUCCAGUCAGUUGGCUUCCAUCUUGGAUCAAUUCAAAUCUCCCUAGUUGUGGCGCAUCAGGCCCCUCUCACCACCAAGUCAUACUCCCCUGCAAUGCGUCUGUAUGCAUUUCCUCAAAUAAUCAGGGCCUGUAUUCACAAACAGUAGGACUGUAGGACUGUAUUCUUAGAGUAGGAGUGCUGAUUUAGGAUCAGGUCCCCCUGUCUUAUUUAGGUAUUAUGAUUUAAAAGGCAAAACUAAUCCUAGAUCAGCACUCCUACUCUGAGACUGAAUACGGGCCCAGGAGUGCUUGUUAGAGUAUUGUCUUACUAUACCUCACCUGUGUAUUUGCAUAUCAGAACAUCAAGUUCGAAGUGGCCUACACUUUAACAUGUAGCCUAUGUUAUUGAUCAGUAGAAGGAGAGAAAUACACAGUAAUCCAUUGUCUGUCUGUCUGUCCUCUGGACUACAUUCUUUCACAAUCCAAAAUACUGGUAGAAUAUUGUUGAUCCAUCCAUCUCCAAAAUAUGUGCAUUAUAUAUUUUACACACAUUCAUAUUUACUACUGCAUUCACAUAUUGUUAUUUUUGAGUGUAACACAUUUACAACAUGAUAAGAUGGUGGUCAACAUCAUGAAUUAUCACCUUAGUCCAAAAUGUUUUGCCCAAAAGUUGCCAAAUUGCUAUUAUAGCUUUGCUUGAGACAGGGAUUAUACAACAGCACUGUGUCCAUUGUGCCAAUUGUCUUUGCCUAACACUAUUGUGUGACAGGAGAACUGACAAGUCUGUGUGACCCCCGCGGCUCCUUUUGUCCUCUACAGGUGAAACUUGGACACAUCUACUACUUACAUGACAGCACGGAAAGCAGCGAGGACAGUUUCACACUCUCUGCCACGGCCUAUGAGAUAGAGCGCCGCAGCCUCCCUGUUACCUUCACUGUCACAGUCUUCCCGGUCAACGAUGAGCCGCCUAAAUUGACACGCAACACGGGACUGGAGGUACUGAGCUGUCGGUUUACAAUCGACUACUGAUAAGUGUAUAUUUGAUGAGUGCACACUCUGUUUAAUUGCAAUGUACUGUAUUUCACCGGAACCAUGACAAAAACAUUUGUUUUAUGCUCCAGUUUAGGGCACACAUUCAGGACACUCCAAAACCGUUAUACUUGUCAGAAGUUGACAGUGUUUGUUUGUUUAUUUGUCUGUUUUUUGAUUGGUCAUCUGUGCUAUCACCGAGUCCUCUCUGUGGGUGGCCUGAAAACAACUUAAUAGCUAAUUAACUCUAUUCAUAAGUGAUUUACAGAGUGCCACUAGUUAUGAAGGACAUAAUUGGUUUGUUAACAUCUUACUAAUUAUUGUACUUGAUAAUGAAUACCUUAAUUAAGUAAUACCUUAGACACAUUUGGCAACACUUUAUAUUAGUAACCAUUUUACACCUGAGGUUCAUUACCAAUUUCAGUCAUGGAUAUAUUGCAUUACCCGUGAAUUCUUGAAAGCAAACAGUAAAGCCGUGUCUGAAAUCUGGCUUGCCUACUACUUACUUAAACUGCAUACUGUGUACUAAUCGUACUACAUACUAUUUAGAACUUACUGUUUAGUAAAAACAAAUGCAGUAUGCAACAAAUAUCAACAUACUAGGCACAUCUUACUGAGAAUGAGUCAUGUAAUGCGCAAUUGCGUUGAUUCCUACCAUUCAUUUAUUUUGGCACAGCGCGUCCCCUCAGCUGAUUAUCAGCUGUUGUCAGACACACGUUGGUCUUGAAAGACAAUUAUUUCCUCAAUAGUGUGCAGUGAAUUCAAAAUGUCGCAUACUAUAAAAUGUUCCUUUUUCACCUAUCCAAAAUGCCUACUAUUUAGAACAGAAAUACGGGUAUUCGGAAAAGGCCUAAGUGCUUCAGGAAUUCAGUAUGCAGAUUUUACUGUAGAGACCAAAAAUGGCUGGAAAAAGCUAAAAUCAUCUCACACACAACUGGAAACCGAGUGUGUCAUUCAGCUUUUUUUACUCUGGCCUGUGGUUCGGCGUAUCCACGGUAACCCGUAUUUUGGGAAAACUGAGACGAUGACAAGACUUCAGGCUUUUGGCGAUGCCAGGGAACCAGCCAAUCGCAGCGUCUCUCGCACGGCCACAAAAUGUAAUAUAAUUAUAUGUCUCUGUCCGCAUGCAGACCUAGUGUUAAUUCAUACCAGCUCCAGCUCCUCCUGUGGGUUCUCUCCUUAGCUUCCCUAGCACUGCUUCUGAUUUAGGGCAGGUAAUGUGAGCAUAGUAACCUACAGCAGAUGAUCAGGCAUGACACACAACAUGGUCCGGUUGUGACUCUCUGAUCACCAUAGAUCCUGCUUGGCCAGGCCCUCGCCACAGCUGGCUUCUAUUAGGAUAUUCUCUCUCUCUCUCUGUCUAUCUUUCUCUAUUUCUUUCCCUCUCUCUCCUUCUCUCUCUCUCUCAUAUGUUCUGUAUCUCUCUCUCUCUCUCUCUCUCUCUCUCUCUCUCUCUCUCUCUUCUCGCUCUCUCGCUCUCUCUCUCUCUCGCUCUCUCUCUCUCUCUCUCUUUCUCGCUCUCUCGCUCUCUCUCUCUCUCUCUCCUCUCUCUCUCUCUCUCUCUCUCUCUCUCUCUCUCUCUCUCUCUCUCUCUCUCUCCCUCUCUUUUGAUCUAAUCUCGCUCCCCCUCUCUCUUUCUCUCUCUCCCUUGCUCUCAUUUCAUCUCUCUCUCUCGUUCUCUCUCUCUCUUUGUUCGCUUUCUCUCUCCCUCUCUCCUUACUGGGAUUUGGGGACGGAUACAAUUAAAACAUUGACACAUUGAAUCAUAUUUUUGGCUUCAAAAGAAAUAAGACAUCCAUUUUGUCAGAUGAAAUUUAAUUUGCAACCCAUCUUCCUGACGAGUAAAAUCCAUUGAUUGUUAUAUAAACAAUCAAUUUCCAGCACAAUUUAGAUUUAACUUGCCAAAAUCACUCAGGGCAAUUUCUUGGGUGAUAGUGAGGUAAUGUUGCCAUCUAGUGGAGAGUUAAUGGAAUAACUAAUUCUAUGAUGUACACACCCCUCCCCAAAAAUAUUAACGUUAUUGUCACAUACACUGGAUAGGUGCAGUAAAAUGUGUUGUUUUACAGGGUCAACCAUAGUAGUACAGCGCCCCUGGAGUAAAUUAGUUAAGUGCCUUGCUCAAGGGCAAUGGACAGAUUUUUCACCUUGUACUGGCCAAACACUCUAAUCGCUAGGCUAGCCACCCGACACAGUAUUGCCACCAGCGAGCAGUAGGAAAGAAUAAGCUUGAUAUAGAACAGGCUGCAUUCGUCAAUUUACAUUGUACAUAGAGUACAUCCAAUUGUAUGAAGGCCUUACAUAUAAUAUAAUUUUGGGGGUAUAUAAAACUCUUCAAAUAGUAUGCUCAUACAUAUCUAUUAAAAGUAGUUGGAAAAUGCUCAUAGUUGCUGGUUGAGUAUAUCACAAUGGGUAUGAUAAACAUUCUAAACUUAAAACCUUUGAAUAUAAUGCUGAAUAUAAUGCACAUCUUGUUUUACAUAUAUGCUUUUUUGAAAAUAGACUCACCAAAAGUUAAUAGAGAUGUAUCCCUUUGCUUAAUCAAGAUCAAGCUCUGUUCUUUGGGCUUCUGUCUUUCAGAUUUUUCCCACUUUCUGAUUUCUUUCCUUUAUUUGCUAUAUUUCUUUGCUCUUUAUCUGGAGACUGGAGAUGGAUGGAGCGAAGAAAAUAACCAGCCUGAACGAAUCAAUAUGUAUAAUUCCCAGCUUUCUCCCUUCUGACUCUGCCUAUUUAAGACUGUCUUUCAGGACAUCUGGCCCAUUUCUUUCAAUUAAUGUUCCUUUUAGCCAGCACUAAACUCAGGGAGACUAAUUCCCAAUGACCCACAUGCUUAAUCUUCAGAUAACAGGAGCUGUUGUUGGUAGAGGAAUAAUUAACUUUUACACCUCUCUCUCUCUCUCUCUCUCUCUCUCUCUCUCUCUCUCUCUCUCUCUCUCUCUCUCUCUCUCUCUCUCUCUCUCUCUCUCUCUCUCUCUCUCUCUCUCUCUCUCUCCUCUCUCUCUCUCUCUCUCUCUCUCUCUCCGCUCUCUCUCUCUCUCUCUCUCUCUCUCUCUCUCUCUCCUCUCCUCUCUCCUCUCUCUCUCAGGUUUUAGCUGGAGAGGAAUCGGACAUCACCACCAGUAUGUUAAAUACAGAAGAUGCAGACACCCCCAUCAAUGAGUUGGUUUAUUCCAUCGAGUCAACCAUCAAUGGGAUGGUGGCUCUAAAGGUGGAACCUGACGAAGAAAUCCAGAACUUCACACAGGCACAAAUUAACAAUGGGGAAGUCGUCUUUAUCCAUGAAGGUAAGGCUGUUUGAGCUUCUACCUACAGCCUCAGCUACCUCACUGGCCACACAUUUACUUUCAGGUGGAUGAAUAAAGCUUUCUGUUGAAACAUUGGUAAAUCAAUUAUUUCAUCGGAGCUACUAGAGUGUGCAGCUUUUCCUUUUCUUUUUAAGGAUGCAAUUGGUAUACCUUGUCUGAGACCGGAAAACCCCGUGUUAGCUCCCUAGGCUUUGUAAGCUUUAUCUUUGACUCUGUUGGUCAACCUAUGCCACGUACUAUUCUGAACUGUUCCUUCAGGUCUGGAGUCUGGAGGCUUCAGUUUUACCGUGACAGAUGGGGAGCACACCUCUCCUCUCUACCGCUUCGUCGUUAUGGCUAGACAGCUCACCAUCACCAUGGAAACAGGGGAGGAGCUCAUGAUCUUUCCAGGUGAGCUGCCGAAAGCAUGCUGGGUCAUGAAGUGGUGAACCCAACUUGACCAGACAUUUAUGAUUAACAAAUAAUGGCCAUUUCAAAUUAUGUCUCAGCAUGGUUUUGUUUUUCAUUUCGUUUAUUGGAUAACAAAUAGGCCUCAACAUCAGAUUAAAAUAGGUCCAUGGGUAUUUUGUAGCCUACAAUAAAUACAAUUCAGGAUGUGUCAUGUUUAGCUUUGUUUUCUGUUCUUUUCCAUUCUAAUCCCUUUUCCCCUCUUUAAAUCACAUCAUGUAGACAUUCCACACUUAAGCAUGAAACACACCGAGAAUCUCACUGCCGAUAGACUGCCAAUAGGUAUUAUCUCAGUGGGAGGCCGUUUCUUCUCUUGCUAGAACAAAAGUGGUACCUGCGAGUUACGUUUGAAACCGGAGUCCUGAGGCAUGUGUCGAAAUCGCUAAGCAGUUUAUUUCUAAGCAGUAUGCCGAUGCUUGUACCGCUUUAUCAGAACCACGUGAUCAAUGACGUUCGAAGCUUCGUUUCGUCGAACAACCACCUGAUUGGUCUGGUAUUGGUUUUGGUAGAAGACAAAAAGACUACACUGCACACGUGCUACAGCGUAUGCGACGUCAUCUAUAAUAAUUUGGCUGUUCUAUUUUGCCCAGCAGGUGCCACUAAUACACACUGUGUUGAUUAAAGCCUCAGGUAAUGAACCUAUUUUUGACACAAUUGGCGGGAAAUGCUCAAUGCAUCAUGAAGUUUUAUUUUCCCAUCACUAGUACCUGCUGCCAACCCGGUAGCAACGAACCUGGCAAUGCUCGUCAGUGGCCAACAACUUGACUUUGAGCCAAUCUGAGCGCAGGAACCCCCAGAUGGGGGAGCCAGCAAGAGUGACAACAAAAUGGAAAAAAUAGGGCAUUUUCUCCGUAUAUCCUCAGUUAAAUGUCUUGAGCCAGUCACACUUCAUAUGCAAUGUAGGCUAUGGGAUGGUAGCUAGCAAUGCACACAACACUAAAUACUUCCUCCAAGCUAACUAACCACUGUAGCUAGUAUUGACAUAAUUAAAUUACAAUGGAUUAGUUUCCAUGAAACAGCUGCCUGUGUUAGCUGCAAUGUUAGUGCCGUGUCCUUAGCUAGCAAGCUAAGUUGUGCUAGCUAGCGAAUAUGCUAACAUUAGCUAGCUAAACAGUUGGCUAUGGGCUGGCGCUGGCAGUAUGGGAUCAUGGAGAGUGAAUUCAAUUGUUUCUUGGUCAUCUUGCUAGGUAGUUAUCUAGCUGUGGCCAUCUGGCUAGUAUCAACAAGGGCUUUCUACAAAAUAGCAACAUUAGCGCAGCUAGCUAUCUAACAUGGGAAUCUACACCAUAAACUAAGAAACACACAUGGACAUGCAUUGCCAAACAACCCUACUGCCACUUUCUGGUUUGGUGUAUUUUAACAAGGCUGAGUGGCUGACGACUUCAAGGUCUUUGCUGUGUGAACACAAAAGAGAUUGACUGCCGACACUCUGUUCAGAGGUGCUAAGUAAGUACUGUCGGCAGGCAAACGUUUGACAAUCCUACCGGUGUCUGAGCUAUUAGAAAGUCUGGCCUUAAAGGCCUAAAAGGUGUCAAUGAGAAGAAGCUAAGAGAUACAAUAAAAGGGUAUGUGUUUUAUAUCCUGCAUUUGAGCUCUUAUAGUGAAUCUGUACCAUUUUUACAAUUUUUCAGGAACAAGACAUGCCAUCACCAGUGCCAUUCUGAAGGCAGUGACCAACGAGGAUGGAAAUGAGAUAAGCUUCUCAUUGGUCAGGUCUCCUCGCCUGGGAAGACUGAUCUUAGCCAACGACAGGAACCAGUUUGAAGAGAUCACACGCUUCUCUCAAUCAGAGGUAAGACAGAGGAUCUCCAGAUGACUGAGAAUAUUAUAAUGUCAUUUCCAUUGUGCCGUCUUCCAUUAUAAGAACAUUCCAAAGAAUGGAUAAGACAUUUACUUCCCUUGCCUGUGGGAAAAGUGUCCAGUCAGUGCAUCUGGUUUUCAAUUUAUGAUGAGCUUGGAAACCAAUACUUAACUAAUGCUGUAUGAGACAAGCCAAUGUCAAUGCCUCUGAUCAUGUCACCAGGGGGCUAUGGUCCAUAUUUUAUGUAUAUGCUGAUGGGGGGGAAAAGGAAAGAUAGGGAAAAGAUUACAUACAUGCAUCCAAUGUAGGAUCUUCAUUUGACCAGUAUUGACACAGCAAAAUAAUCCUGCAGCAACAGGAUUUGAACGUUUACUCCAUAAUGUUGCUUGAUCGGUGGUAAGGCUAUUAGCUGGCCAAAAUUAGACUACUUGAAAAGUGCAAUACUGUUAAUAUAACUGUGUUAGUGUGACACUCUGGCUCCGGGACGUUUGUAUUUGAGCCAGGGUGUAUUUUGUUUUGUUGGGUUUUGGUUUGGUUAUGUUGGGUAUUUGGGUGUAUUUCUAUGUUUGCAUUUCUGUGGGGUUCAUUUCUAGGUUUGGUCAAUGACUCCCAAUCGGAGGUAACGAGUGUCAGCUGUCGGCUCGUUAUCUCUGAUUGGGAGCCAUAUUUAUCUGUAUGUUUUCCUUUGGGUGUGGUGGGUUUUUGUUCCGUUUCGGUCAGUGUACCGUGGACUUCAUUGAGUCGUCUUUUGUUUUGUAGUUCUAUAACGUUUAAUUAAUAAAGUCAUGUUUCUUGGACACGCUGCGCCUUGGUCAUACUUAGACGACAUAGACGACCGUGACAGUUAGUGCGGGUUUUCAGUGAAUUUAAGUAAAUCACAAAAUUCAUCUCCAUCUAAAAAAAACUAUCUUGGAUAUCAAAACAACAUGUUUCACCUUUUAGCAGAUGCUCUUAUCCAAAGCGACUUUCAAUGCCUUGCUCAAGGCACAUUGACAGAUUUCACCUAGUCGGCUCGGUAUUUGAACCAGUGACCUUUCGGUUACUGGCCCAAUGUUCUUAACCGCUAGGCUACCUUGGAUAUCAAAAUAAUUAUACAAAAUAGACUCUGCAUACUGCAAUAUAUGCUCCCAUGUGUGGUUGAUUAGCGUGUUGCAGACACGUUUUAGUGGUGUUGAAAAGUUCAGCUCAAGACACAGUCACCUCAAACGAGCACACAUAGGCACAUUCCAGUCUACCUUCCAUCACAUUCCCAGUCUAGUUACCCAGAUCUAUCUUCAGCACUCUACACUACCUCAGUGAGGGGAGGACAGCUCAUAAUAAUGGCUGGAAAGGAGCUAAUGGAAUGACAUCAAACACGUGUUUGAUGUACAGUGUUUUAUCCAAUUCCACUGAUUCCGCUCCAGCCACGAGCCUGUCCUCCCCAAUUAAGGUGCCAUCAACCUCCAGUGCUCAGUGGUGAUCUAAUCUUACAGUACAGGAUGGUAAAUGAAGAUCAUGAAGAUGUCCAGCCAAUAAGAAAAAUCAAUUACACAAAUCGUCAUGACACAAAUCAAUAAAACAGAUUACAAAACAGGCUAGAUCAGAAAAGAACUUCAUAAAAAGUUUAUUUAGAAGUUUUUGAGCUUAAUUUUUCCUUCUAAUCUCCCGGCUCACAUAGGGUUAUGUUUAUCAUCCUCCUCAUCACGCAGACACCAACUACAGGGGUGUAAAAGUCAAGACUGACACAGUGCUUCUGGGUAAUCAUGUAGCUUAACGUUGACUGGGUUGAAAGUAACACACACGCACACCAGACCUGGGUUCAAAUACAUGUGUAUCUGAUAUUUAAAAUACACUUUUCACUAUUUUCACUUUAACCUCUUUUGAAAUACACAGCCCAAAACAAGUACUUUAUUUGAGAAUUUGAAUGGUUAUUUGUAAAAACCAAAUAUUCUGCUAAAUCGUAUUUCAAAUACUAAAAUGCACUGACUCAAAUACACUCGCAUGCAUUUAACCCAGGUAUUUGAAAUAAGUAUUUGAAAAUACUUUCCAAGUGCUGUAAUUUCUACACGGUUUACCCAAUAUGGAUGAAAAUACCCUCAAAUUAAAGCUGACAGGCUGCACGUUAACCUCAUAGUCAUUGGAUAAUUUCAAAUCCAAAGUGCUGGAGUACAGAGCCAAAACAACAAAAAAAUUGUCACUGUCCCAAUACUUUUGGAUCUCAUUGUAUGUGAAAGUAAUUGAGAUAUUUGACGCACACACUUACACACACAUGCUCACUCACAAACACACACACACCCACACACACACAAACGCACAGCUACCUGGGUCGUGUUCAUUAAGCGCCGAACUGAAGAUUACAUACUGAAACAAGGAGGGACUACCUGGUCUUGUCUAAUGAGAAACGCUCAUUUUUGUUGCUAAACAUUUCAAACGUUGCCUUAAUGAACAAUGUCCUAUCCUCUGCUCUUCCCCACAGCUGGAGUCCGGGGCCGUCUUCUACGAGCACCAGAUGCCUGAGGAGCCCUUCUGGGUGGUCCAGGACUCUGUGGAGCUCCUGCUCUCCUCCCCUCCGGCCCCAGCUGUGCAUCACGUCCUCCCCAUCACCGUGUCCUACUACGCAGCUGGCCACAACGUCUCCUCACAGCUCUGGAAGAACAAAGGUAGGUAGAGCCACGUGGAUCUGGGCAGGUGUCAUGUCAAAAGUGGUGGACACCAAAGAAAAUGGUGUCCAGGUCAGUCAUUGUAUGGGAUUCAAGACGUUUCACAACAUCUGAAGAUGCAGAUAACUGUGUACUAGCUAGCACUAGUGACUAUUCCGUUGGUUCUAUUCUACUGAGUAAGAUAAAUCAAGCUGACUUGCCAUACAGUAUGUAUUUGACCCAGGUCUGGCUGCCUGUUAUCAAUCUAAGAUAUGCAUGUGUGUAGAGGCAGCAGUUUGUAAACACAAAUAUUCUGUAAACAUUGCUAUAGAAGGUUUAUUGAAUCAGGCCUGUUGUUGGCAUAAUUACAAAGAAGCAUUACAAGAAAAGGAAAAAGUUGUUUCAAGUGUCAUAUAAACAAAGGAAGUCUGUGGCCCUAUCCGUCAAUGUAUAUUAUUUGUCUUUCUUCUUCUCAGGUCUGGACAUAGUGCAAGGUCAGAGGAAGGUGAUUGACAGUUCCAUCCUGGACGCCACCAACCUGCUGGCCAGCCUCCCCGAGGCGGAGCGAGGUCUCCUGGAUGUGGUCUUUGAGCUGCGCCGCUUCCCGGCCCAUGGGAGAGUCACCCUGGGGGGCCUGGAUCUGCCCCAGGGUGCCCCCUACUUCAUGCAGCAGGACAUUGCGCAGGGUGAGCUGGAGUACCUCCACGACGACUCUGGAGCCUCCGUGGACAGCUUCUCCUUCCGAGCCCGGCUCAACUCCCAGGGCCGCGGCACACCUCCCCCCUCCCCAGACCAGGCCGUGGUCCUGGAGGAGGUCUUCAACAUCUCGAUCCGGAGAAGGGACUCUAGUCCUCCAGAGCUGGUGAGCUUGGACGUUCUUCUGGAGGUUCUCCAGGGCUCCAUGACGGUGAUCACCCAGAAGUAUCUCAACACCCGCGAUGAGGACAGCACGCCCGACGAGGUGCGCUUCACCGUCUCCAAGGCGCCCACCAACGGGCGGCUGAUGGACGCCACCAAGGGUGACCACAUCUCCACGUUCACCCAGGAGGCGGUCAACCAGGGCCAGGUGGGGUUUGUCAGUGACGGAAGCCUGUCAGACGGCUUCAUGGAGUUCACUGUGUCGGACGGUAAGCACCACACCGAGCCGCACACGCUCCACAUAGGAGUCCUGGCCCGGACGCUGGUGCUGGCCAAAGCCCCGGAGAUCCAGGUGCUGCAGGGGGACGACGAGACCCUAGUGACAGAGGAGAUGUUGAGGGCCACCACGGGCGGCCCCAAUGAGGAAGAUGUCCUCUACAAGAUCACCAGCGUGCCCAAGUAUGCCGCCGUCAUGGUGGACCGGCAGCCCACGUCGGCCUUCACCCAGACCCAGAUCAGGGAGGGCCGGGUGAGCGUUCGCUUCAUCAAGUCCACCUCGCCCCGGGACAGCGUGGCCUUCGUGGCCCGGAGCCGGGCGGCCAACGUCUCCUCUGUCCUCAACAUCACGGUCAAGCCUCUGGCCAACAUCGCACAGGAACCCCUGCUUCCACGGGGCACCACUGUGCUGCUGGACAAGAAGCUGCUGGAUGCCACGCCGCUGGCCAACAAGACCCGGACGUCGCCCACCUUCAGCGUCAUUCAGCAGCCACAAGGCGCCCGCUUCGUGAGGGCUGGCGGGAGAGGGCCAGAGGGAGACGGCCAGCCCGUGGACACAUUCACCCAGAAAGAACUGGAUGAGGGCCGUGUGGCCAUGGAGAUCCUGAAUGGAACAGGAGGCAGCCAAGUCCAGGAUGUGGCUCGCUUCUUGCUCAAGGCCCAUGGGGUCCCUCCCGCUGAGUGCGUCCUCUCCUUCAAGACGGCCCCUUACAACGCCUCAGGGGUCUACUCGGCCACUCUCCUUAAGGUCCCCGCCGGGUCUGCAUGGUCCAAUAGCAACGACCUCCCUGGAGGGGCGGGAUCCCCACGCAUCACCCCAGCCAGCCCCCGCUGGAGGGGCAACAUGGACUGGCCUCAUGGAGGAGACGCCCCCACCACCGCCUCCACUGACAAAGACUCCCAUAGGAAACCAGUUGUGUCCAGGAGGAACAACCUGUGGUCCAUCCUCAUCCCCAUUCUGGUCCUCCUGCUCCUCCUCCUGCUGGCAGCCAUCUUGGCUUUCUACCUGGUGCGUCGCAACAAGACGGGCAAACACAAUGUGCAGACGGUGGCCGGCUCCAAGCCCAAAAACGGAGAGGUCAGCCAGGAGACCUUCCGGAAAACCGACCCGGCCAAUAACAUCCCCAUGUCCCAAAUGGACUCCAAAGACGCCGACCCUGAGUUGCUGCAGCACUGUCGGACAACGAACCCGGCGUUAAAAAAGAACCAGUACUGGGUAUGAGAGCUGACUGAAUGCUUAGACAUAGGAAACAGAGAGGUAGAUCCUCUAUCAUUUUGAAUGCGGCCUUCUUCUUGAAUCAUUCCUUUUCAGUGUUAGACCUUUUUGCCACGAUAGUAUUAAGAAAUGUGUAUGUUUUGAUAUCAUUGGACAUUUCACUAUCACAUACUAACGUUGCGCCAAUCCUCAGGUCAAGAAACACUGAAUAUUUCCAUUGAUAAAAAUGUCACCAUUAAACUAAAGAGGGUUUUGCCUAACACGUAUAUUUAUUUUUAGGACAACUGCUGAGGACAUAUUGUGUUCGCAAAAAGUUUUUUGUGUGCUCCUACAAUAUAUUCAGUAUGCUAUCGUAGGCCAAUAUUACUCAUUUGACUACAUAAGCAGAUUGAUUUGAAGUUUUGGUCAUUGUAGUUUCGCUUCAACAGUAAAGGUGGACAAGUGUGUACAUAAUUCAACUCCAUAAGGUAGAUCUAUGCUAUAUGAAGGAAAAGGUUGAUUAUUCUUCUAUAAAUGUAUUAUUGACCAUGUAUAUAUAUUUUUUGCUUCGUCGUUAGGCCUCAAUUCAAUCGAACUUGGUUGCAGUAAUUACAAAGCCACAUACGACAUUUGUCCUGUUGUAGAAUCAAAUCUGAGUGGUUUUGGGCAGAGCCUUCUAUUUGGUUAUAAGAUUCACUACAUCACCAAAAGUAUGUGGACGCACCUUC